AUGACGCGGACAAAGAGCUAUGCAGAGGCUAUAUCUCUACUGAAUACGUGUCAAUCCAAUGCGGCAGCAAUCGAGGCUGUCCGCAAGUCUGGAGGCAGAUUACAGGAACUGGGUAUCCCAGAGAUGCUAGACUACCUUAGAAGGAUAGGCUACAAGCCGGAUGAUUUGAACGCUCUGAACGUCAUUCAUGUCACCGGGACCAAGGGGAAAGGGUCGACAUCAGCCUUCGCGGAACGUAUCGUCAGAUCACACUUGCCAUCAAGCAGCAAAGUUGGGCUCUACACCUCGCCUCAUCUUUGUGCUGUUCGGGAGAGGAUACGGAUCAACGGAGAACCAUUGUCGGAAGAAGUAUUUGCCAAAUACUUUUUCGAAGUCUGGGAACGAUUAGAGAAUGACCCAAAGACUCUGACUCCCACUACACCCGUCUUCCCUAUCUAUUUUCGACUCCUCACCCUGCUCGCUUUCCACACCUUUUUAUCCCUCGGAGUCGACGCCACCGUUCUAGAGGUCGGAAUAGGUGGCACGUACGAUUCUACCAACAUCGUCCCGAAACCCAUCACGACCGGGGUCUCGUCUCUUGGCAUGGACCAUACUGCCAUAUUAGGCAACACGAUAGAAGAGAUUGCAAGGAAUAAAGCUGGGAUCUAUAAACUUGGCGUUCCGGCCUUAUCUGUCCCUCAGGAUCGCGCCGGACAGGUCUUGGAGAAUUAUGCCAACGAGAUUCAUGCCCCGUUCCAGGUGGUUCCCAUAAUUCCAGAGACGUCCCUAGGUAUCCGGGGUGAUCAUCAACGGAUAAACGCCUCCCUCGCAGUAGGUUUGGCCAAAUCUUUCCUCGCCAGUCCUCAGGGUGGUAACCAAACAUUCUCCGAAAUCCUCCCUGAAUCCUUUGUGAAACCAUUGGCGGAGACCAAAUGGCCAGGAAGGUGUCAACGCGUACCAAGGGGAAAAGUCACUUGGCUACUAGACGGUGCCCACACGACAGAGUCGCUGACAUCGUGUGGUGAAUGGGCUUGGAGCGAAGCGAAACCGACAGCAUUGAUAUUCAACUGUUCAGGAGGUCGUGCGAGUGAUCAACUCCUGGGAUCCCUGUUGCAAGCUGGAGCUAGCAAGUGUGGUCAAUCGAAAGAAGAAUUAGGUUCGACUUUGGACACGGUCAUCUUUUGUACCAAUGUCACAUACACGUCUGGCGCGUUCAAAGGCGACCUCACUUCCAACGCGAUCGAUCCCAACGAUCUCUCCCAGCUGGCUACUCAACACGCCUUGCGUGAUGCCUGGCUCGCUUUGAACCCUUGUUUCCCGCCCGAACAGGUACAUGUCGUUGCAUCGAUAGAGCAUGCCGUCAACAUCAUCAACUCCCAGAAUAAGGCAGAAGUCCUUGUGGCAGGCAGUCUUCACCUCGUUGGAGGCGUCAUGGAGGUUGCAGGGCUUCAAGAUGCCCUUGGGAUGAACUAG